AUGAAUUAUGAUUAACUACUUUUCUUGUUGUCACACAUGCUUUAUGAUUGAUUUAUACGUAGUACGUAGUAUAUCAUAGUCAAACUUUGGCACAUAAAGUUUAUAACUUUGUUCUCAAAGACUUUUUUGGCAUUAUUUUUAGCAAAAGUUGACUAACAGAGGAGGGAGAGAGAUCAACAAUGGCAUCUACAGGUUUGGUGAAGCUUAAUGGAGCAUCAUCACAAUGGAUGGGACAACAGUCCUUCAAUUCCCAUGUCGGAUCAUCGACACUCUUUACAACUCGCCGAGUUUCCAUGCCAAUCCGUGCCAGUUCAAGCUCUUAUACUGAUGAGCUUGUAAAGACUGCUAAAACUAUUGCCUCUCCUGGACGUGGCAUCCUUGCCAUCGAUGAAUCAAAUGCAACUUGUGGGAAGAGAUUGGCAUCAAUUGGCUUAGAUAACACAGAAGAGAAUCGUCAGAUUUAUAGGCAGCUUCUACUGACAACCCCUGGCCUUGGUGAAUAUAUUUCUGGUGCUAUUAUGUUCGAGGAAACACUUUACCAGUCUACAACAGAUGGGAAGAAAUUUGUCGACUGUUUACGUGAUGAGAAUAUUGUUCCUGGCAUCAAAGUCGACAAGGGUUUGUCUCCUCUACCAGGUUCGUAUAAUGAAUCUUGGUGCCAAGGUUUAGAUGGGUUGGCGUCAAGAUCUGCUGAGUACUAUAAACAGGGUGCUCGUUUUGCAAAAUGGCGUACAGUUGUUAGUAUUCCAUGUGGACCUUCUGCUUUGGCUGUCAAGGAAGCGGCUUGGGGACUUGCUCGUUAUGCUGCUAUCUCUCAGGACAGUGGUCUUGUCCCCAUAGUGGAACCAGAGAUCCUUCUUGAUGGUGACCAUCCAAUUGAGAGGACACUUGAUGUGGCAGAACGAGUGUGGUCUGAAGUCUUUUACUACUUGGCUCAAAACAAUGUUAUGUUUGAAGGAAUACUUCUCAAGCCUAGCAUGGUAACGCCUGGAGCUGAAUACAAAGAGAAGGCUUCUCCUGAGACAAUUGCUAAAUUUACCCUUCAAAUGCUUAGGAGAAGAGUGCCUCCUGCUGUUCCUGGAAUCAUGUUUUUGUCUGGAGGACAGUCAGAAGUGGAAGCCACCUUAAACCUCAAUGCGAUGAAUCAGAGCCCAAACCCAUGGCAUGUCUCUUUCUCUUAUGCUCGUGCUUUACAAAACAGCGUGCUUAAGACUUGGAAAGGACGUCCUUGGAAUGUAGAAGCAGCUCAGAAAGCUCUUUUGGCUCGUGCCAAGGCAAACUCCCUUGCCCAACUUGGGAGAUACUCUGAUGAGGGUGAGAGUGAUGAAGCACAGAAGGGAAUGUUCGUCAAGGGCUACACCUACUAAAUCGAAGUUUAAAGCUAAAUAUAUACAUCUUUGAUACAAUCACAAAAAUUAAUUAAUAGAUUGUUCUCUCAUUUGUUAGGCUAGCUACAAUGUUUGAAUCUCGGCCUUCUGGUAUUGGCGUAAUUGGCAUAUGAUUGUUGGUUUUAAAAAAAAUGUGAUAAAUUUAACUGAAUAAUGUCUUUUUGAUGAGAUUUUUAUCUCACUUAUAUUAAGCUGUUUGGAAAUAUGAGGAAAUGUUUGGAAA